AUGGCGACAUCGACCACCACCACCGACAACAAUGACAUCGACCUCAGCCUCCUCCGGGACCGCCUCGUCAGCAUCGCCCUCGAGGCCGGGCGGGUGAUCACGGGCGCGACACCGUCCACGAGCUCGACCAGCACGGGCACGAAGAAAAACACCGCGGACUUGGUCACCGAGACGGACCAAGCCGUGGAAGCAUUCAUCUCGUCGAAGCUGUCAACGCUCUACCCGACGUUCUCCUUCCUCGGCGAAGAAACCUACCAGCCAGGCAUGAAACUCGGCCGGGAGCCGACCUUCGUCGUCGACCCGAUCGACGGCACCACCAACUUCGUGCACCGCUGGCCGUACGUGAGCGUUUCGCUUGGCUUCGCAGUCGACAGGAUCCCGACCGUUGGCGUCGUGUACAACCCCUUCACGCGGCGCCUGUACAGCGGCGUCCGGGGCCAGGGCAGCUUCGUCGCGGACGUCCCCGACAGCGCGACUGUAUCGAACCGGCAGAAACUCCCGCUGAAGCCGCUCGAGCCGCUGGCCGGGCUCGCGUCGUCGCUGAUCGCCAUCGAAUGGGGCUCCGACCGCUCCGGGCCCAACUGGGCCGUGAAAUGCAGCACGUGGGCGCGGCUGGGCGCCAGCAAGGACGAGGGCGGCGCGAUGGUGCACAGCGCGCGCGCGCUGGGGUCCGCCGCCCUGAAUCUCUGCGCCGUCGCCGAGGGCUCCAUCGACGCCUACUGGGAGGGCGGCUGCUGGGCCUGGGACGUCUGUGCCGGCUGGGUCGUGCUGACCGAGGCCGGCGGGGGCAUCGUCGUAGAUGGGAAUCCGCCUUCUCGGAGUGGGAAUGCAAAUGCACAGCCUGCGCGCCAGGAUGGGGAUGAUGCGAGUGCCUGGCGGAUUCCUGUCGAUCAUAGGAAGUAUCUUGCUGUCAAGGGCGCGACUGCCGGCCAGAGGGAGUUCGUCGAGGAGUUCUGGAGCUACGUGCAGGGGGAGAUGGUGUAUGAGCAUUGA